GCACGACGACCCCACCCACACUCGGAGGGUGAGCAGGAUGCGCGGGUACAUGGGUGAAGAGGUGGAGAUCCGCGAUGUGUGGGCAAGCAACCUUGACGAAGAGAUGAAGAAGGUCCGCCAAAUUGUGCGCCGCAAGUGCUACGUCGCAAUGGACACGGAGUUUCCGGGGGUUGUGGCUCGUCCGAUUGGAUCGUUCACCACGACCACGGAGUACCAGUAUCAAACCUUACGUUGCAAUGUGGAUCUGUUGCGGAUCAUUCAGCUCGGCCUUGCGUUCUUCCAUGAAGACGGGACGGUCAUGAGGGACUGCCCAGUUUGGCAAUUCAAUUUUAAGUUCAGCCUCAACGAAGACAUGUACGCCGAGAACUCGAUUGAGUUGCUCAAGCAGUCGGGCAUCGACUUCGCUAAGCACGAAGAGUGUGGUAUCGAAGUAACUCGCUUCGGCGAGCUGCUCGUCCCGUCCGGCCUCGUCCUUGAACCGAACAUCAAGUGGUUGAACUUUCAAGGAUCGUACGACUUUGGUUAUCUGCUCAAGAUCUUGACGUGCGCGCCGCUUCCGUCCGAUGAAGACUCGUUCUUUGAGCUGUUUCAGCUCUACUUUCCGUCUUCGUACGAUCUGAAGUACCUCGCGUUUGACUACGACAAGAUGGGCGGCCUGAGCCGCUUGGCCGAAGACCUUCAAGUCGAACGCAUUGGGACCAUGCAUCAAGCGGGGUCGGAUGCACUGCUGACGGCGGGCGUGUUCUUCAAGAUGCUGGACCUGUACUGCGAAGGGAAGGUUGAAAAUGCCAGCAAGUAUGCCGGGCACUUGUACGGGCUCGGCACAACCCUGGCGCUUUUGGGGUAAUGCCAAGCUCAUGUCGAGUCACAUUUGUUGUGUUGUUUUGAACUUGCCGUCCAUUGGAUAAAAUCAUGACAUUUCAGUCAAUCAAAAUGUAGCCAUUUAGGAAUCGAUGUAUGAGUGGAUAAAACAAAAUUAUG